GCGUCUUCCCACCUCUGCCACUUGAUUCCUUUUGCCCUUCUUUUCCACUUCCUUCCUCCGCCGUGGCCUCUCGUCGUUCUGCCCUUGGUCACUCUUCCCGAUCACUCGAUCACGCGCAGGAGCUUGGUUGGGAGACGGGAGUAAGAGGAGGAAGAAGCAUUCGAAGAUUCCCUUUUUUGGUCGUUUUCCAUCAGGUUGCUUCGCUCAUAGACCGUCGAACAGGCGCCUGAGGUACAAGUUCUCUUCCAAAGAUUGUUCCAGCUGUGACACGAUAGUAUCUGAUGGCGAGCGUGGCUAGCGAGUGAUAAGAGAGAAGGCCAGCUCGCAUUUGAGGUUGGUUUUCUGAGAGCUAUGGAGUACACCCAACGGGCACCACAGCCAAAGCUGGGAACUUUAGCUCGUGCAUUCAACAAAAUUCUUCGCCUCCGCCGCUCCUUCACUAGCUCUGCCAGUGAUGCUCCCAGUGAAGACUCUUGCUCAGUGCACAAGCUCAAGCUGUCCCAAACCUUCAGUGACUUCCCCACCAUCAUCUCCGAAGGCGGAAGUGAUUUCUACAAGGUUGAGUAUGAGAAGCCACGGCAGAAGUUCUCUUCCAAAGACAGACAGACCACGGAGUCCCUUCUGGCUCACCUCUUCGCCAGCAUCUCCGCCAUCAAAGCGGCUUACGCGCAGCUCCAAAUGGCGCAAUUGCCCUAUCAACCGAACUUGAUACAGUCUUCAGAUCUAACAAUCGUUUCUGAGUUCAGACGUGUCUCGGAGCUGAAGCACUCCUACUUCCGGGACCAGUUGGCCAUUCCCCGUACCGUGUCUGAUUCUAGCUCAGAUCUCGUUGCUCAGAUCGAGGAGCAAUGGAAUCUAAUCAAGGCUUAUCCAAUCACAAAGGCUAAGCUGGAGUCUGAUCUCGAGCUCAAGGAUUCUGAGAUCCUUUCCCUGCAGGCCAAGCUACUUGAAUCUAAGAAAAGGAAUCAAAUUUUGGAUUCGAACCUUCACCCGGGCAGGUCGCUCUCGCCCCUCGAUGGACUACAUCCCUCCGGCUUAACCCCAAACCAUUUUCUUACUGCUCUUCGAUUCGCCAUCAAUUCAAUCAGAUCCUUUGUCAAAGAAUUGGUGAAGCAAAUGGAGUCAGCAAGGUGGGACCUUGACGCCGCUGCUAGCGCAAUUCAACCCGGUGUGCUCCGCCGAGGCCGCACCCACCGGAGCUUAGCCUUCCAGUCCUACAUUUGUCAGCAAAUAUUCUCCGACUUCCACCAUAAAAGCUACAACCUUGAUGGCUUGGAAGACCGAACGAUGUGGUGUCAAAGACGGUUCUUCGACGAAUUCAUAGAGCUCAGACACAUUGUACCGCUUCAGAAGAUAUGGCAGCACCCAGCAGCUGCGAAAUUUCUCAGGGCGAAGUUCCUGUCUCUGGUGCACCCGAAAAUGGAAUCAUCAUUCUUCGGUAAUCUUAACCACAGGGACGCUGUGAGCUCCGGCCGUUGCUUCCCAAACACGGCGUUCUUCACUGGGUUUGCAGAAAUGGCGAUGCGAGUGUGGUUCCUCCACUGCAUUUUCUUCUCCUUUGAGGACAGUUCCAUCUUUCAGGCCAGGAAAGGGAGCCGGUUCUCUGAAGUCUACAUGGAAAGCGUAUGGGAAGUCAAUGAGGACGAUGAUCACGUCAUUUCCGCCGCUGCUGAUGAGCACGCUUCUACCGCCGUCGGGUUCACUGUCGUCCCUGGGUUCAGGGUCGGCCAGACGGUGGUCCAGUGCCAGGUCUACCUCGCAUGAGCAACAUGCAUAUGACGUUCGACAGCUCUGAUUUCAUCGAUCCGAUGGCACCUUGUGGAAUUGAGAAAUUGAAAGAUAUCGCGCGGCAGCAAUGUAUAGGGUAGAAAAGCAGCUCAGCAUACUGCCUUAAGUUUAUCUUUAAGCUUAUGCAUUAGAACUUAUAAUGACAGAUUAAUUAGAUGUUAAUUAUGUUGGUUAACUACUUUUGGAAUAAAUUAUAUUAGAACAAA